GGCAACAGUUCGGACAGCAGACCCGAUUGUCUGACGCACCGACCACAUCUCUCCCGCCGGCUUCAUUGAAUUUACCGGAACUGACCUUGCUUUGAGCUUACAAAGCUGACUUUACAUAAGAAGAACACUUCUCGCUCCUCUUGCAGUUGAAUGGAAAUAAAAGAGAUUCUGUGACCUUGGAAGAUGAAGAUGUUGUUGCCAUGGGAACUCUUAAUCCUGCUGUCACUCAAGAGCUGCCUAGCAGAGAGAAUUAUUCGACAUGGCCCAGUAUUCACCCAAGAGCCCAGUGACAGCGUGUUCCCUUUAAGUGCUGAGGACAACAAGAUAUUUAUCAACUGCAAAGCCAAGGGAAGUCCAGCACCUCAUUACAAGUGGAAAUUCAACGGGGAAAACCUUGAUAUGGAUUUCAAUUACAGUCUUGUUGAGGGAAACCUAUUGAUCAAUAAACCACAGGCAACUAAACAUGGAGGUGUUUACCAAUGCAUCGUCACUAAUGCUUUUGGAACCAUCCUCAGCCGAGAGGCAAAAGUGGAGUUUGCAUACCUGCAGAAUUUCAGCAGCAAGGUCAGGAGUCCAGUGCUAGUGAGGGAGGGACAGGCUGUUGUCCUCCUGUGUGGUCCACCACCCCAUUUUGGAGAAAUCAGAUACUCCUGGAUAUUUAAUGGCCGCCCCAGCAUAGUUGUUGGAGAUAACCGUCGUUUCGUGUCUCAGAGGACUGGAAACUUGUAUAUUGCUAAGGUUGAGACGUCAGAUGUGGGCAACUACACAUGUGUGGUGAAGAAUAGGAUGACUAACACAACCGUCUACAGCUCCCCGACUCCAGUAGUGCUACGGCAGGAUGCUGUAAUGGGGGAAUAUGAGCCGAAGAUUGAAGUCCAGUUUGAAAAAACCCUCCACGUUGCCAAAGGAUCCUCAGUUAGACUGGAGUGCUUCGCUUUAGGAAAUCCAGUGCCUACUAUCUCCUGGAAGAGGGCAGAUGGAAGCCCUUUCCCUGGAAAGAUGAAGAUAAAUCAUUCCAAUGGGGUCCUGGAGAUCCCAUAUUUCCGUCCAGAGGAUGCCGGGCUUUAUGAGUGUGUGGCUGAAAACUCCAAAGGACGUAGUGUUGCAAAAGGACGUCUUGAAUUUCAAAAUGUCGAACACCUGCAGUGGUCACAGACUCUGUUUGAUGCAAACAUGGCUAUUGAGGCUGAUCUUAAAUGGGAGUGUAAAGCGAUUGGAAAACCUCAACCUGUUUACAGAUGGCUUAAGAAUGGACAGCCAUUGGUAUCCGAGGACAGAAUUCAUGUUGAUGGUGGCAGGCUAACCAUCUCCAACAUAAACCUGAUAGACUCCGGCAUGUAUCAGUGUUUGGCAGAGAAUGAGAAUGGAGACAUAUAUGCCAGCGCAGAGCUCAAAGUUGUAGCCUCUCCUCCAGACUUCUCCAAGAACCCAUUGAGGAAGACCACGCUGAUCCAGAGAGGCGGGGAGGCUAUCAUUGAAUGUCGGCCGCACGCUUCUCCCAGAGCAUCUUACUUUUGGAGGAAAGGCAACGAGUUUCUGAAAGACAGCAAGAGAUGUACCAUUUUAGAAGACGGCACCCUCAGGAUCACCAAUGUUACCAAAUCGGAUGCAGGCAGAUACAUUUGUGUGGCCAGAAACCCCUUCGGCACAUCCAGCAGUAGCGGCACAUUAGUGGUCAAAGAACCAACCAAGAUCACAAUCCCUCCACUAAGUAUGGAUGCCACAGUAGGUGAGAGCAUUGUCCUGCCAUGUGAAGUAUCUAAAGACUCCACUCUACACCCCACCUUCAAGUGGUUCUUCAAUGGGAAACUCAUCGAUUUCAGUAGACAUGACCAUUUUGGAAUGAUUGGAGGGGGGUCAUCUGGGGAUCUUAUGAUCAGAAACAUACAGCUGAAGCACUCUGGAAAGUAUGUCUGCAUGGUGCAUACACCAGUGGACAGUGUGUCCGCGGCAGCAGACCUAAUUGUCAGAGGGCCCCCUGGAGCACCGGUGGGUGUGUUGGUGGGGGACGUCACAGAUAGGACCGCUCAACUCUCAUGGGGCCCGGGGCCAGACAACUACAGUCCCGUUACCCUCUACAUUGUGCAAGCCAGGACGCCAUUCUCUAUUGGUUGGCAAGCAGUCAAAACUGUUCCUGAUUCUGUGCCUGGACAGAUGAUUCAUGCAACAGCAGUGGAUCUGAAUCCGUGGGUAGAUUAUGAAUUUAGAGUUGUGGCUAUCAACAGCGUGGGGGUGGGGGAGCCUAGUGUGCCAUCCAAACCCAUUCGCACCAAAGCUGCAGAUCCUGAGGUUACUCCAGCUAACGUAAGUGGAGGCGGCGGCGGCCGAGGCGAACUCGUGAUUGUUUGGGAGCCUGUGCCAGAAGAGAUGCAAAAUGGUGACAAAUUUGGAUAUGUCGUGGCAUUUCGACCGCUUGGCAGCUCGACAUGGAAACAGAGCGUGUUGGCCUCAGCCGAUGCAUCGCGAUAUGUUUUUAAAAAUGACAGUUUUCCGGCACUCACUCAGUUUGAAGUCAAAGUUGGCGUCUACAACAACAUCGGAGAGGGACCGUUUAGCCCUGUGGUCAUUGUGCAUUCAGCAGAUGAAGAACCUUCAGUAGCUCCUUCAAGGGUAUGGACUCGCACUCUAUCAGCAUCUGAGAUCGAGGUGUUCUGGGAACCUGUCCACCAAACCAGCAGUAAAGGAAGGAUAACAGGCUAUGAGGUGCAGUGGUUGGAGGAUGGGUCACCAGAAAGUAAUGCAGAGAGAGUGAGAGUUACAGAAAGCUCAGUCAAUAUCACCGGUCUGAAGGGAAGCACACUAUAUCUGGUGUCAGUCAGAGCACACAACAGCGCGGGAACCGGACCCUCCAGUACCCCCAUCAGCAACACCACAAAGAAACCGCCUCCAAGUCAACCUCCAGGGAACAUUGAGUGGAACCUGACAAACUCAAAGGUCUUUCUGAACUGGGAACAUGUGAAGGCAAUGGAAAAUGAAUCAGAAGUAACCGGCUACAAGGUUGUGUACCGUCAGAACUGGCACAGGGGAAGCAGCAUAGUGGAGACCAACAGGACGUCCGUGGAGCUUCAGUUGCCAUCAGGAGAAGACUUGCUUGUUCAGAUUAAAACCCUGAGUGAUGGAGGAGACGGCAGCAGCAGCAGCCCUAUACGUAUACCAAAGAUGUCAAGCCUGAACUCAAAAGGAUACUUUAGUUCUGAUGCAAACAAGAUGGUCCAUGUUCAUGGAGUAAUUUUUGUGAUCAUGUCAUGGUUGUUUUUGUAG